GGACUUUAUUGCUGUGCAUUCGUAAUAAGACCUUAAAACUGCUAAUAACGUGGGAGCAAAACCUUUUAAAUUCAUUUUUCUGGUAAUUCUAAAGAAAACUUUACUGUAUGAUAUAAAAAGCACGAGAAAAAGCAAUUAGAAGGCUUAUUCUCUGACUACAGGCGGCUCCAAACUCGUCAAGAAGAUAAUUAAAAGGAGAACCCUCUGAACCAAUAAGCCAGAUUUUCGUGACCUUUGCUGUCUACUUUCAUCCAUGCAUCGGAGAAGUCACUAGAAGUAAAGUCAAAUUGCGCACUCCUCUCCCGCCUCAUAGCGCAUGCUCCCAUUAGGCUCCGCCCACUUUACGAUAACGAAUCACUUCUCAAAAUUCUGUCCCCGUGCAUGCGCACUAAAUAAUUCACCCGCAGGAAUUCCUAACGUUCUCUGCUGCCGGCACUCACAGCUACGCGCACGUCAGUACACCCCACCCCCGCGCUUUUUGAUUGGCUCCAAGACUCUUCGUUUCUUUCAGCGGGUUGGUCGGCGGAGGGACAAGUGCAUGCGCUCUCCCUCCUUCCCACUCUGAUGCCCAAUAGUGGUUCUUUGAGUAGUACGUUAGAAAAACUCUGCUCCUUGGCGGGGCCCCUCCCUCGCUUCUUCCCAGUCUCCUCUUUCGGCUGUGACAAGUGGUGGCCACCAACGUGGGGAGCGGAAGCUGUUCUGCUCCUCUUCGAACGAACUGCGUUGAGGCAGGAGCAGGAGGGAAAGAGCGCGUGCGGCGGCAGUUUAAGCUUGGACCUUCUGCUUCCCACAAGAGAACGGAAGCGGCGGGGAGCCAGACGAACGUAAGGACCACGCGAGGCUGUUGGGUGACGCCGAGUUCUCACCGCCCUUUCUCCUCUCCCCUCAAUCACUGAGGUUUUGGGGAUCGCUACCUCCUUAAGAAGGAGACGCGACUGGUCAGUCCGUCAGUCAUAUCCGGUUUGAACCAGAGUGCGAGGAGGAGCUAUCGCCGCCACCGCCAUGGCUGAAACCGAGGAGAGGAGCUUAGAUGACUUUUUCGCGAAACGAGACAAAAAGAAACGGAAAGAGAAAAGCAGCCGAGGAAGUGCCACUGCCGCGCCUUCCUCGGCUGCCUCUUCCAAUGCUACUGCCGCGGGUAUGACUGGGGGAAGCCGGCAAGCAGAAGGCGCCCAUGGAGCCGCCUCUAAUGCUAACGCGGCCACCGGCGGUGCUAAGGCAGCAAACAAGGAAGAGGAUGACUGGAAAGAAUUUGAGCAGGAAGAAAUAAUUGACUACAGUGGCCUCAGAGUUCAGUCCAUGCAAAUUAGUGAAAAGGAUGAAGAAGAAAGUGACAGAAAAGAAGAACCAAGGGAUAAUAGUGAGGAACCAGCUGGAAAUGUGGAGAAAUCAUCUGGUCCUUGGAAUAGGUCUGCUCCUACACAAAUACCUGUUGCUGAAAUUAUUGAAAAUCCAGAACCAGUGCAAUCCAGUGGAGUAUAUAGGCCACCUGGUGCAAGAGAAGGCAGGACACGAAAAGUGCCGCAAGGUCCCCCAGAGAUCUAUAGUGAUACACAAUUUCCAUCAUUACAAUCCACUGCCAAGCAAGUAGAUACUAGAAAGGAUAAAGAAAUGGAGAAGAGCUUUGAAGUAGUAAAACACAAAAAUAGAGGUAGGGAUGAGGUUUCAAAAUCCCAGGCAACUAAACUUCAGCUAGACAACCAAUAUGCUGUGCUUGGGGAUCAGUAAAGCUGCACACAUAUUACAAUUAAGGAAUGGUUGUUUGAUACCCUUCCACUCUUAAGGUAACUAAACUACACCAAUUAUGAACAUGCCGUCUUGUUUCUGCUGGAUCUUCUACAACAAGUGCAGUCUACUUUGACGUAAGUGAUUGCUUUUCUGCACUUUGAAAGUAUACUUAAUUUGGUACACCUUCGUAUUAUGAGGGAAAUUAAUGUAAAUUCUUGAAAAAGAGUUCCCGGUGUUUUGAUUCCUCUGCAGCCAGUGGUUAUUUCAAAUUUUUUUAUGUUCAGAUACUGAGCCUUCGUAAAGGUUGACUACCUCAGACUUGCUGCACUCAUUGUGGAUACCAUGUGGAUCACAACUUCUGGAAAAGAUUACAACUCUUUGGUGGCCAUCUGAAACUCGAAACCAGCUCUACUGGAUUCCUCUAAAGAAAUCCUGCAGAAGUCAGCUAUCUGAGUUGAUAAUAUAAAUGACAAAUUUAAGUGACCUUAAAUGUGCCCCAUUUAUUAUAUCCUUUCACAUGUAGCCAUAAUUUACUAGGAACCUCUAAUGCACAAAGAUUUUUUAAAAAAAUAUGCAGCAUAGUGAGUUUUUCUUUUAAUUUAGUUAUCAGAAAAUAAAUACACAUCCAGACAGAAAAUGUAUGGACACUAGUGUGUAUAUUCUGGUUUCAUCUGUGUAAACUUUUCAUUUGAAAAAUAGCGCUCUUUACUCUUGACAAAUUGCAAUAUAGUCAGGUAAGUUGCAUGGAAUAUGCAACUAUAUAUACUUUACUGGAUCUCAAAAAGUUAGGUUUUCUUUGGAUAAAUGGUAAAUAAAUGUCUGCUCCUAUAAUAUCUGGGAAUUUUUUUGAGAAGUUCAUUCUGAAUAUAUAGCCUUAGCAAUCUGUUAAGAAGUAUCAGCUGUUGCUCAUGCAUACCAUCAAAUUUGCAGAUGGAGAUACUUAUAUGUAUAGUGAAAAAUGUCCAUUGCUGUACUUUCUUACUGUUUGAGAUUUGGAUACAUUUUGCGAAUAAGAUUUUGCAUUUAAUGCAUUUCCACCCCAGCUGCCCAAACAGUAAUGGCAACUUCAGUUAAAAUUCAGUUUCCUGGCCAGCUAUGUACCCAUUUAUUUGAACAAAUAUUAACAGUAUUUGAAUACUAAUUUGUGCUGUAUUAUGCUGUAUAACAUUAACUGUGAAUAGAAUUCAAACCAACUCCGAAAGAGGUUCUUGCUCCCGAGUUAAUUUUUUUAAAAACUUUGUUCUUCUUCCAAUCUAAAUCAAAUAUGGCCACUCCUAAUAUGUCUUUCCAAAUGCCUGGCUGUUUUUUGGACUGUCAAGCCAGGAUUUAGACAAAUGUAUUACUUGCGAGGUAGCUAUGUACUUAUAAAAAAUGGCAUUGUAAUUAAGGAGUGUUUAGGAUAUGAAAUCAUUGCUUUAAAUGAAGAACAGACUGCUUAGAAUAAUAAUUUAUUCCUAUUAAGAAUUGUGAGAUAUAUUCUUCUAAGUAGUUGUGUUUUAUACAGAUGCAGAACCAGUCCUCUACAUGCUUAGAUCACUGGAAGUAAAACAGCUGACACCGUUGAGUUGUGUAUCUUUCCUGAAAGUUGUCUAUUUGCCAACAAAGCCGUUGCAGGGUAUUAAAGCUGCAGAACUAAGAUUAUGUGAAACUUACAAUUUUAAAUUCCAGCUUUGACAUUUAAUUAAAAUUGUUACACAUGAAUCAAGUUUUAAUAUUCUGUAUGAUAGGGUAGAUGAAGCUGUCCUUGUAUAUUCACUUGAGUUCUUGGGCAUAGUUGGCAUAGAAGAUUAAUAUUGUAACAUUAAUAAAUAUAGAAAUGUUCAUGACCUCGAGUCUAAUGAAUAUAUAUAUAUAUAUAUAUAUAUAUAUAUAUAUAUAUACAUACAUACAUACAUACAUACAUACAUACAUACAUCAUACAUGUUCUGAUGCCAUGCAUCACUUCAGUGUGGCAAAUACAUGAUCAUGGUGUUGAAACAUAAGGCUGUAAUCUUAUGCAUGUUAUAAGAAAAAAAGUUCAGCUGAGUUCAUUCAUAGGUAUGCAUUGAAUUGGCUGUUGCAAAGUAUUGGUGGCCCGUAAUUCACUUGAAAUGUGUGGUUAUCAUCUACCUCACUCUGUAUGUCACUGCUAGCAACACCACUAAUAUCAAGUGGCAAAAAAAUUGUAGUUUAUUCUUUAAGAGGAAACAACAAUGUUAAAGUUGACAGCUUUUUGUAGUGAAGCAAAAACUUUCACAUCUUGCUCCUAGAUAUGUUAUUAGUGAAUAUGCUUUCAUUGAAAUAUUACACUAUUGAAUUAAGUGAACCAGUGCAUAUUUCACCAGUGAACAAAGUGCAUAUUUUAUAUUGAAGAAUUAUUCCUUGAGAUUCUUAAUUUUGGGAGCUCAUAUACACGUGGUUUAUCACUUCAUCCACUCUGAAGUUCUGCAUUAUCGAUCCUAACAAAUGUCAUAUAUGCUAAUAUAUACUUCUGUUACACAAUUGCUUUGUGAUCCAUGGGCAAAAUGACUUAAUUAUAAAGAAACAAAUUAAGGUGAUCUGAAUACAAAUAAGUAUUCUUUUAAUUCAGACAUCUAGUUGUGAGCUGAUUAAAAUAAAUGAUAGCUUGGAGAAAAAAAUUCCAGUUUUUAAACAAGUCUGUCUUUGAAGUUCAGAGUAUUUGAUUCUUCUGCAAUCAUAGUUUGUCUGAAGUUCAUUAACUUCCUAGCUGCAUAACUGACUGAUAUUUUUAAAAUGAAAGAAGCGUCUAUGUUCCUUGUCAAGCAAAUAUGAAUUAUAAUUUAGCAAGGUCUUAACAGUAAAUUUCAGACAAGGGAAUCUAAGGGACAGGUAAACUAUAUUUACAUAAACUAUCAU